AUAUGCACGCAGAAGGAGUAGGUAAUCUCAUCCGAGGGGUCAUUUAAGUCUUCACUGGGCAGCAGAGGAGGAGAGUGGGGAUUGAGGGACAAAAAUGGAUGCUGUGGCCGUGUUAGGUGGAGCAACUCCGACUCCCUAUGCUUCUUCCUCACUGGCUAGAAAUGGCCGCUUAUCCCACAGACCCACCCGCAGGCUUAAUCUACGCACCACCCACCUCGCCGCUUUCCAACCUUCGUCAACUCUCUUCACGUAUUCCCUAUCUCGUCCGUAUGCUUCCAAGAACCUCCACAAAGCCCACAUCUUCCUUCCCCACUUAGUUGCUUCAAUGGAAGAUGUGGAAGAGAGUUAUAUUAUGAUUAAGCCAGACGGGGUUCAGCGUGGGCUUGUUGGAGAGAUAAUUUCCAGGUUUGAGAAAAAGGGGUUUAAGUUGAAAGGAUUGAAGCUCUUCCAGUGCCCCAAAGAACUAGCACAGGAGCAUUAUAAAGAUUUGCAGUCCAAACCAUUUUUCCCCAAACUGAUUGACUACAUUACAUCCGGUCCUGUUGUUUGUAUGGCCUGGGAGGGUGUCGGAGUUGUUGCCUCGGCCCGGAAGUUAAUUGGAGCAACAAAUCCACUUAAUGCAGAGCCAGGCACUAUUAGAGGAGAUCUUGCUGUUCAAACUGGAAGGAAUGUGGUUCAUGGGAGUGACAGUCCUGAUAACGGCAAAAGGGAAAUAGCUCUGUGGUUCAAAGAAGGAGAACUAUGCGAGUGGACUCCAGUUCUAGAGCCAUGGCUGAAGGAAUAAUCUUCUUAUGUUGCAACUGUUAGUUUGGGCCACCUCAAAUGCAGUUCGUACUUCAUUUUUGUAUUCUAACUUAUGAGAAAUGUAACGACGCUGUUUAAUUUUCUGACUUCUGUCAUUUGCAUUCUACCAUGGUUAAAGAAAUUGUUUAUUCUUUAUUUGUGAA